UUAUAAUUUUCGUUCAAAGCUUGACUGAACCACCAUAAUGGCAUCCUAUUUUGAUGAACACAACUGUGAGCCCACCAAUCCAGAAGAACAGUAUCGUCAAAAUGCAUUACUUGAACUUGCCAGGUCCUUGAUGCAGGGAGUUGAUUUGUUUGACUCAGGUUUUGAUUUGACUGAUUGGGACCAGCGACUUCCUCCUCCUGCUGCCAAAGCUGCUGUUCAAACUCUGCCCAUCGUCGUCAUUUCCCCAGAACAAGCAGAUAAAGGUCUAAAGUGUCCUGUUUGUUUGUUGGAGUUUGAGGAACAAGAGACGGUUCGAGAAAUGCCCUGUAAACACCUCUUCCACUCAGGCUGCAUACUCCCCUGGUUAAAAAAGACCAACUCUUGUCCCCUAUGUCGUCAUGAAUUACCAACAGAUGACCCCGACUAUGAAGAGUUCAAAAAGGACAAGGAGAGGAGAAGACAAAGAGAGCACAGACUAGAGGACCUUCAUGGAGCCAUGUACACUUGACCUGACUAUGGGAAUACAAGCAAUUUGAAUUUUUUU